ACAUACAUCUAGAUACUUUUUCACAGAAAAAUAUUAGAGGUGCAGGGUUAAAAACUACAUAUGAGUUUCAGAGGAUCAGCCAUCCUUCGGACGCAAGUCGCAUAGCCCAUGGCAUGCGGCGAGGCAUUGUUCUGUUCUUACGAAACGAAGCCACGUACAUUCAAAAGGUGGCAAUGUCCCAACUUCUCUCGUAAUCUCUAGCACAAAUUUGUAUCCUCUCUCUCUCAGUAUGUGUUUGCUUCAGACUUCCUCAGUACUUUUGAGAUAUGAAUGGAGAGAGUCUAAUCGCUUCGGCCGCCAUUAACAUAGGCCUUGCCUUGAUUGUCCUGUCGCUGUUCUCAAUCUUGAAGAAGCAACGUUCAAUUGCCCCAAUCUACUACGCUCGUCGUCUUGCCAGAAAGGACCAAAUCUCUUUCAAUGCUGGCCUCACCCGCUUUCUCCCCUCUGUUUCUUGGAUUCCUCAUGCUUUUCGAGUCUCCGAAGAAGAAAUUCUCGAAACCAGUGGCCUUGAUGCGCUUAUUGUCAUCCGCCUCUUCAAGCUCGGAAUCAAAUUUUUCUUGGCUUGUUCGGUAAUUGGAUUAGUGAUUCUUCUCCCAAUCAAUUACACCGGCCAAUAUUAUCCUUCUGAAAGUGGCCUUUCCUGCUCAGUGGAUUGUUUCACAAUUUCUAAUAUUAGUAGAGGCUCUGACAGGUGAGGUUUUCUUGUUUUGUACAAGAGUUUGCAGACAUUCAAUAUAUAUUUUCCUUCCAUUUGGAGCAAAAGGACAAGUAUUAUCUUUUCCCCUUUCCCUUUUCUGGUUCUCAAUUAAACAACUUUUGUUUAGGUCAGCAACAAAAUUGUCUAUAUUUCAUCAGUUAAGGAAUUUACUCCUGCUGCAUUUUUUGAGCCACACUUUGAAGCAUGAAAACAAAUUUAGCAUACAUUAGGGAUCCGAGUAGUAGUUUACCCUUUAUAUUUUUAUCAAAACUCUA